ACUGGAAGUACUCCGGAGCAAACAGGGAGAAAAUCGUUCCUGUAUUAUCUUUUCUUUUUCUUCUUCUGGUAGCAAAUCGGAGUGAAAAGGAGCAAGAAUUUUUUGCUCCGGAGCAACAGGGAGUGACUUCCGUGUACUGGAACAAACCUUAUGCACCGCAGAAAAUAUAGUUUGCUCGUAGGUGUUUAAAUUGCAAAUGUGAUCAAAUUUUAAAUUAUCUUACAACGCUAUAAAAACAAUAUAGUCGGAUAACUAAACCAAAAAUGCUUGAAAUGCAAAAUAUCAUCCUGCCUAAGCUCGAGAAUAACCAGAAGUCGUAUGCCGGUAUACCAGAAGCAGUAUUUGUGGAAGACGUUGAAGCGUUUAUGAAGCACUCUGGUAGCAAUGAAAAUGUUGAAAAGGUUUUAAAAAGUCUCGAUGAACAACAUAGCAAGUAUAAGUUUAUGGAGUUCAACAUCAUUUCUCGGAAACGUCGUCUAAGACAACAAAUUCCAGAUUUGGCUAAAAGUCUUGAGAUGAUAAAAAUAUUGAAAUGUCAAACCAAGGAACAGGAAACACAAUUUCUUUUAAGUGAAGGUGUGUUUGUAAAGACUCGUGUUCCGCCAUCGAAAACGGUCUGUCUGUGGUUAGGAGCCAACGUUAUGCUGGAGUAUCCGCUCGACGAGGCUGAAGAGUUACUCAAGCAGAACAAAAACUCUGCGGAGGUUAAUCUGAAAUGCCUAGAACACGAUCAGGAAUUUCUACGGGAUCAAAUCACAACUACCGAGGUGAACAUGGCCCGAGUACAUAAUUAUGACGUUAAGAAACGACAAGCUAAGAAAGCUAUAGAAGAAAAAACAGAGUAAAAACGAUGUUUAAUGUUUUUUUUUCUAAACAAAAUUGUUAAUAUUGCAAUCGGGUCGAUUCUUAAUAAAAAUGUAAUCUGCCUAUAAUCGCAAGUCAGUCCCAUGUAGAUAGGGAAUCCCAUAGAACAUGGGACUGACUUCCGAUUAUGGGCAGUAAUGGUAUAAUCAGAAA